AUGCAGGCUGUACCGGAGGAUCACCGUGAGGACGUGGUCGGCAUGCCCGACUCAAUUCUGCCGCUGCUGACGCUGCUGCGGUUCUCCAACUCGGCCUGUCAGGUGGACGAGGCAGACGGCUUCACCGCCAGCGGCACCUGCUACCUGCCGGCCGAGUGCAGCAGCCGGGGAGGACUGGCGCGUGGCUCCUGCGCACUCGGCUUCGGCGUCUGCUGUGUCUACACCCUCUCCUGCGGCGGCACCACCAGCCAGAACGGCACGUUCUUCGUCAACCCGCAGUACCCGGCGACGGGCACCGCGGCGCGGACGUGCGUCUUCACCGUGCAGAAGGCGUCGACCGACGUCACCCAGCUGCGGCUGGACCUGCUCGAGUUCGAGACGGCGCCGCCGACGGACGGCAACUGUAACACAGAGGAGUUCACCGUCACUGGCCAGAACACAAACGGUCCCGUGCCGGGCAUCUGCGGCCAGAACAGCGGGCAGCACAUGUACGUGGAGGUGGGGGACGUGAGCGGACCGGUCCAGCUGCGCAUGGUGACCUCGUCGGGGCCGACACCGCACCGCUGGCGGGUCAAGGUCACGCAGUAUGCGCGGGCGUCGCCGGCGCGCGCGCCGCACCACUGCCUGCAGCACUACACGGGCCAGAUGGGCCAGUUCGAGAGCUUCAACUUCGCGGCGGCGGGCUCCGCCGGCGAGGGGUACCUGAAUAAUCUCAACUACAUAAUCUGCAUUCGGAAGGAAGCCGGCUUCUGCAGCAUCACGUACGGCGUCGACCGGUUCGACAGGUUCAGCCAGCCAGAGACGUUCGACAUCUUCAACGCCAGGACCUCCGUUGUCGGAGGGGUGCUGGUGGUCUCGUCCAACGUGCCGGCGGGGCAAGCCGGCAUCGGGCCGACUCAGUGCACCGACGACUACAUCCUGCUCAGUGCGGACCGACUCUGCGGCGACCGGCUCAACGACGGCUCCUUCAACAGCUUGCUCACCGAACACGCCGACGUCACCGACAACACUGACGGCCCGUUCGUCAUCAAGGUCGUGACGGGGCCCUCCAUCGUCGGAGCGGGCUUCAGGCUCUUCUACCGUCAGAACGCCUGCAGGUCGGGCCGCGAGUGA